AUGGGUGGUCAGGCCAUCGUCCGUAGCGCUGGUCUCGAAGAUAUUUUCUGGAUACCAAAUGAGAACCGAGAACCUGAGACACCAACGCUCUAUGACCCCAAAACUUUCCCGGACUAUGAAGACACUGUACGGCGCGGCUUCUGCGGCGAGACACAAUCCCCGCCUCCCUUUCUUCUACAUCUCCCGUCCGCUCAUCACAGCACUCAGGACGGAAGCAUUGCAGUAUUACGAUCAACCCUCGAACCAAUCGAUUGGAACAAUGAGGACGACUAUGUGGGCAAAGACUUCAUCGAAGUGGUGGGAUCUAUCUUGGAUAGUGCACGAAACGGGGUGCUUCAACAUUUUCUGAACAUCGAAGGCGUCGAAAGCUUCUUGUUCGCAAGAUUUGGCCCGGGAGACAAGUUCUGUCAGAUCAUUGGACGACGGAAUCGAGAAGUAUUCAUCGGGUACGCACUUACCGAAGCGCUCGAUACUGCCAGGAACGGUGAUGCCCUCCUGCUUGCGCUAUUCGAAGACAAUGCCUUGCUUGACGAUCACGGACACAAACCCUGCCUACAGUCAUGCGGACUCCAGAGCUGGGUCCUUAUUUUCGUUACCGAGAAGCAGGAAUGGUCAUACAUUGCCGUCAUGGAUGAUUUCUUUCUCCCGGUGGUCUAUAGACUAGAAGCGAGCAUUAGUCAUUAUUGUAACCGAUGGGUCGAUUUAGCCAUCAAGAAUCAGAUCUGGGCUGCCGAUGACCAAGGGGGUCAAGCAUUUGCCACAUACGUAAGCAGUUAG